AUGAAAAUAAAACCUGGGACCCGUGUGGUACGAGGUCCUGAUUGGAUCUCAAAGAAGCAAGAUAAUGGAGAAGGCUUCCUGGGAACUGUGAUAUUUGUACCUAAGCCUGGCUCUGAUGACAAAAAGGUUACCGUCAUCUGGGACUCAGGACGAGAGCUGAGAUAUAGAGCUGGCGAGAAUGGAAAAUAUGACCUACGAGUGUUUGACACGGCACCUUCAGGAGUUUGUCAUCCUAACAUAACUUGUGAUAUUUGUGGGGAGAAAGGAAUCCAUGGAUUACGAUGGAAGUGUUGUGAUUGCCAUGACUUUGAUAUGUGUAGUCCAUGUUAUAUGGCCGAUAAACAUGACCUGAAGCAUGCGUUUGUUCGAGUGGAUACCCCUAACUCUACAGCUUUCAAUGUACCUACCAGAUCAAAAAGUGCCAGUAGUAAAAGGACAGCCAAAGGUAUAUUUCCAAAUGCUGAAGUAAUGAGAGGUCCUCACUGGAAAUGGAAAAAUGACGAUGGUGGAGAGGGAGGUGUAGGCCUUGUGAAGACACUGGAGACCUGGGGUAAAGAUUCAUACAGAGGAGCUGUCAAAAUUUUAUGGAAAGCCGAUAAUUUGGUGAAGAACUAUCGUGUUGGUGGAGAGGGUUGUGUAGAUGUGAUUUACACACGGAUGACAGAAACUGCCUCUGGUGGGAAUUAUUAUGCAGAUCAUCUUCCGUUUGUUGAUGUGGUCAACCCUGGACAGAUUCUGUUGAAGAUUGGUGACAAAGUAAUUGUCACUUUACCAUUAAAAGGAUUCAGGCAGCUACAGGACAACCAAGCAUAUGGUGGCUGGGAUGAUGAGAUGAAUCAGUGUUUAGACGAAACAGGAACUAUUGUUGGCUUCCUUUACAGUGGCAUGAGUGUUAAAGUACAAUAUGAAGACAGUAAAACUUGGGUCAUCAAUAAAGUAGCUUUAACGAGGAAACAUACCUUUAAUCAAGGAGAUGCUGUUACUAUUCUGAAUAAUUAUAAUGCUGUCAAAGAGCUGCAAAAAGGUCAUGGUGGAUGGAACGAUGAAAUGAAGACUGCUCUAGGAAAGAAUGGUAGAAUAGUUCGUCUUGACAGUGAUGGUGAUAUGCGAAUUAAAAUUGAGAAUAAAACGUGGAUAUUUAACCCAGCAUGUAUAAUGCCAAUAGACGAUGACAGCACAGCCAAAUCGAUACCAGUUUUGUCUAGACAGGACACCAGAGAUCAUUCUGAUGAUGAAUCAGAGACAGGAUCUGAAGGGGAUGAGGGUGGACAGGCUGUUGCUGAAGCCAUUGCUCAGCUAUUUGUGGCCAUGUUGAGAGAAGCUCCAGGCACAGAAGAGGAGAAAGAUUCCAUCGUGGAGGCUGCAGCCAAAGGAGAUUUUGAUGUGGUCAAAAAGAUUGUCAAAAAACACCCAGAUAAGAUCAAUACAAAGAUGGAGGGUAAAACAGCAUUACAGUUAGCAUGCUACGAAGGUCAUCACAAUAUCGUAGAAUUCCUAGUAAAGAACAAAGCUGAUGUAAACAUAAAGGAUAGUGAAGGAGAUACAGCAUUACACUACGCUGCUUAUGGGAAGGAAAGCAAAAUACUCCAAGUUCUUUUAGACAACAAAGCAACAGUCAAUGCUGUUAAUGCCAAAAAACAAUCUGCUUUACAUAUAGCAGUCAACAAAGGUCAACCUAACUGUUGUAAAGUGUUGGUAAACAAAGGAUGUGACCCAAAUCUUAAGGAUGAUGACCUUGACACAGCUAUGCACGAUGCCAUAUCACAGAAAGAUGCUCCUAAUGAUAUACUGAAAUAUGUCCUGGGAUCUAAAACAGCAAAAUUUGCUACAGAAAAUAGUCGUGGAUUUAAUGUUCUACACUGGGCAGUUUUAAAGGAUAAUAAAGACUCUGUGGAGAUAAUAAUAAGCAAUGAUAAAACCUGUGUGGAUUCCAAGAUGAAAGAUGGUAGUACAGCCAUGCAUAUAGCUGCCGCUAAUGAUCGAGUGGAGAUUGCCAGUAUUCUUCAGUCUAAAGGUAAAGCAGACAUGAACAUUAGAGACAGUAUGAAGAGGACACCUUUAAUAUUGGCUGUUUCUCAAGGCAAAAAGAAAACCAUGGAAUUACUGAUAACUGUUGGCUGUGACGUCAAUGCUCAAGAUAGUAGUGGUAAUACAGCUCUACAUGUGGCACAGGUCAAGAAAAACUUAGGCCAAGCGGUUGCAUUAGACAAGGCAGCCAGUAGCAGUCAAGAUACAGCUAUCAUAUGUUCACUGAUAGAAAGUGGAGCAAAUAUAGAAAUUAAGAAUGAAGAAGGGAAGACACCAUUAGACUUUGCUAAUGAUGAAAUGGUCAGACAUUUCAUGAGAACGUUAGCUAAGAGAGCAAAAAAGAAAACGUUUGCCACAACUGCUAAAGGUAUUCCAGCUCCCUCUAAUUGGACAGACAUGCAAGGGGAAACAGUGUUGAAAAUUUCAAUUGGUCCAACAAAAGGUGGUAUCAUGCAGAUAGAAUUUGACAAUGUAAGAAAUCAGUUUGAGAAGACCCUACCUCAAGCAAGAAUUGUAUCAAUCCAUAGGAUGCAAAAUAUGUUUCUAUGGGAAAUGUAUUACUUGAGAAAAAGGCAGUUUGAGCAUGCAUAUGGAAAUGGAUGUGCCAAUGAGCUAGUCUUAUUCCAUGGUACAACACCAGAUAAACUGGAUGUUAUUGCAGAACAAAAUUUAGACCCUCGACUUGCUGGAGGUCGUGUAGGUGCAUUGUUUGGUAAAGGUACUUACUUUGCCACAGAUGCUAAAUAUUCUGAUUUGUAUGCCCAAGCUGAUCACAACGGACAUAAAUUCAUGUUCCUUGUGAAGGUAUUAGCAGGGAAGACUUGUAUUGGAAGACCAGACUAUGUAAGACCACCACCACAAGAUACCAAGAAUCCAACAGGUCCAUUGUUUGAUAGUUGUGUUGACAAUGAGAAGACCCCUAGAAUUUAUUGUGCUUUCCAUGACAGUCAAUAUUACCCAGAACACCUUAUUGAAUACACAUAAACUUUUAUAACCAUUUAUGGAAGUGGUGUUGUGCUUUUCCCAACUUUUCCAAAAAUUCCAGAAAUGCAUAACUUUAACCUUAACAAGAUUUGCAGCGUUAAUGUUGUUGAGGUGGCUGAACCAUAUACCUGCUAAGAGUCAGUAUCUUGUGAUGUCAGCUUAUAUUUUUUUAUAAUUUUGAUUGAUUGUCAUGCAAUAUAUGGUAGUAUUUAUUGAAAUAUUUCAUCAGUUAUUUCAUGUAACUUAUUUAAAACACCAUUGAAUAUAUAAAGGGUAUUUGUGGUUAUAACUGAAGAACAAUUAUCAUUUACUUCUUCUACAACAGCUUAAGGAUGUUUGCUACUCUGUUUCAAAAUAACAAGCUUUUAAAAUGAUUGUUCUAAAAUGAUAGUAUAUAAAUAAAGGAACUAAAAAAGCAGAAAAAAAUGAAGGGUCCGUGUGCUUGUGUUCGAGAUAUAAGCCAUUGAAAAUUUGGCGGGAAAUGAUUCUCUCUAGAUUUUUCAUACUUUUAAACAUUGGCGGCUUUUUUGUUUCAAAAACUAUGAAAAAAUAACAAGGAUUUUAUAAGAUUGUCAAAUAUGGCUUUUUAAACUAUAUGUAAUAAAAUUAUGAAAAGAAAAGUAGGGGUUAGUGGGCAAAUUUUUUUUGUGACAAUACAUGGAUAAAACUAGAGGAUUCCGAAAAUCUGGCAAAAAUUCAAGAACAAGUGGAGCAAACAUCCUUAAAUGGAAAAGGUGUCUAGAGAUAUUUUGUGUUGAUCACUGUGUAGUUAUGUUUGAAAAAUGACAAAGUUUUCUUGUCGUUUCACUCCCAACAACAGCAGGUCACCUUGAUGUACAUUUUAUGCUCAAAUGAAUACAAUUACAUUUUACAUGCUUCUUGAAUUUUCUGAUAUUUUUUGUAAUUUCUUCACCCUGAACUAUACUUUCUUUUUGACAUAGAUAUGCAGCUAAAAAUUAAGAUAUAACUUGGUAAAUAAAAGUUUAUAAUUCAUAUGAUAUAGCUAAUCUAAUCUAUCAUUUAAUCUAAUCUAUCAUUUCAGUUUGAAAGGGUUAACAGACAAAAUUUGCUACAAGUUUUUAUGAAGAUUGAUAAUUUAUAUAUUGUAUCAAUAUCAAUGUCAGACACUGAUGUCAGUGUAGCAUUGUUACUCUUUUCCAUGUAAACUAUCUUCACAGGAUAUUAUGCACGAUAAUUGUAUGUAUUGAUAGUUAAACAUGAGUGAAUGAUUCCAUUAUAACCAAAUUGAUGUGGUUUUUUUUAUUUAUAAUGAGAAUACACUUGUUUGUUAAGGAAGGUGUUAAUGUUUUUGGUUGUUAAUGACAUUUUGAAUGUUUAAAAUAUUAGUAGAUACUGUAGACUUUUUAUAGGAAUAAACAUAUUUUGCUGUAA